GUUCGUCUUUGACUUCAGCUACUUCAGAGAGAACAGCGUCAGGAAAGGGCUAAACUUAGUUUAGCUGCGCAGCUAAUAUUGCGACAAAUAAAUAUUUAUCUUUUUAAAAACUCCUUUCAAAGACAACGAAACACCGAGGAGAAAGGCUUGCAUAGGCCUUGCGUUUUUGCCUGAGCGCGGAUUCAGUAGCUGGGAUGCAUAAUUUCCCUCGCAAUUUUAGCUUGUUUAAUGGAAGGUACUGGAAAUUUCACAGUAAGAAGGAGGACAUAUUUAUUAGACAUAGAAGUGCGAUAAGCCCGCGACAAAGAUUUUUAACGCGUUCCUAAACUGCAGGAGGAGGUCUGUGACUUUGUGAAAUUUUGAGUAAAUUGGGAGCGCAAGCCUGUUUGUUGUUGCCUCGGGCUUCAUGAUUUGCAUCGCUAGCGGUGGGCGAGUCAAAAACACUGCUGCGAGAGAAUUUAGCUAACCUAGUGAGUUAACAGUGUGUUUGUAACGUUAGCGCGAGUUUUUUGUGGUAUUUAAAUGUCAGGGUCUGCCGAAAUAACGUGCAGUUAGCUAACGUUACCAGGUUUUUGUAGCAAAUUCGAACUGAUGGUUUGCGUGCGCUUAGCUACUCUUUUAGGUUAACUGUUUACCUGAGCGUUAUCUAGUAGGUCUGUGAGGGUUCAGAGGGGCCGUUGUCGUCAGUUUCUGUCAAAAUAGCCGUAAAUCAUCAAACAGACCAUGAAGCUUUUAGAAAAUUCAAGUUUUGAGGCCAUAAACACGCAGCUCACGAUAGAGACGGGAGACUGCAAGAUAAUAGGACGGAUUGAAAGUUACUCCUGCAAAAUGGCAGGUGAAGACAAGCAGAUGUUUAAGCAGUUCUGUCAGGAGGGACUGCCUCAUGUGCUGGAGGCACUGUCCCCUCCACAGACCUCUGGAGUCAGCCCCAACAAGCUGAGCCACAGUCAAAGUGGCGAUGAAGGGGAGGGUCCUCUCUCAGAUAAGUGCAGCAGAAAGACUCUGUUCUACUUGAUUGCCACUCUCAAUGAGUCCUUUAGGCCGGACUAUGACUUCAGCCGCACCAGAGGCCACGAUUUCAGCAGAGAGCCCAGUGUCAACUGGGUGUUUAACGCAGUGAACAGUAGUUUGUCUGCUGCUGCUGGGGAGGCAUACAGUCGCCUGCAGCCUCAGCUCUGGGAGGCCAUUGACAAUGAGAUCAGCCUGGCUGAGUGUGAUAUUUACAGUUAUAAUCCAGACCUUGAUUCAGAUCCUUAUGGAGAAGAGGGCAACCUGUGGUCCUUCAACUAUUUCUUCUACAACAAAAGGCUGAAAAGGAUCGUGUUCUUAACAUGCCGCUCUGUCAGUCUUUUCAUGGCUCCACGGGACUCUGGUAUUGGCACAGAGUUGGAUCUAGACUUGGAUGAAGGCAGCUAUCAGGGAGGAGGAGGAAGAAGAGAACAUGGAUGAGGAGAGGUGAGGGCAGAUGUAUAAAAAGGUAUGGAGCUUUAUGUGCCCAGUGAAGGUGCCGUAAUUCCAGAGCUUUGCUCCUGAAUGCCUCUGAACAACAUGGAUAUCUCUCAUAGAGUCUAGUUUUACUUUUGCCCUUAUACUUCAUAAGUCAUUAUCUGUUAUGUUUCUUGCUUUCACCAUAUGACAGAAUAAAUCUGUGUUUUUGGAGGAUUUCUGUGAGAAUGAGAUCAGCACAGGGGUUUUAUAUGUAUUCAGGCGUUUUUGGUGUAUAAUUUUGCUUUUUCUUUUUACCAGUUGCUGUUGGACUGUUUUAUCUUAUUUAAGACUAAAAAUUGCGUGCUGAUGUAAUAUCAGUUUUGAGGCAUUUUUUUCUGUUCACCUCCUAAUAGAGAAUGAGCCUGUUACAUGUUUUAUAAUAAUUAUUUUAGACCCAUCAUCAUAUGCAGUGGACCAGGCGUUUGUUAGUUUUUCCAAUCCCUCUCACAAUUCUGUUUUCAAAACUAUUCCUGAGUCUCCUGCCACCAGGGGGCGGAUUGCACCGUGCAAUUGUCGACCCACGUGUCACUAUCUUUUGUGUCUGUUAAGCUUUAAGCAUUGUUUGAUUUUUCAAGCCAUCACAUUUUGAACUUUUUUUAUUUUAUUUUGCUGUGACGUUGGGGGAUCAAGCACCAAAGAUAUGAGGCAUGUUUUUGGUAUGUUGGUUAAAGUUUUGUUUUUUCAUGAGAAUUUUUAUUUUUUAAACUACUUGUUGUAUGUGCAUGACAUUCAUUGCUUAUUUCCAGCGGGUGGGAAAGAAGUACGUCCAGCACCCUUGCACCAAAGGCAAAUUGCUGUGCUUAAAGGCACAAAUGCAUUGUUCAGAGGAGGGACAUUUCGAGUUAGUGGUCGACUUACAUGGCCUAUCCAUGGUGCCCUCUCCAAACCAGUCUCUAGGGGCUCCUGUAUGUUCUAAUAUCCAGAUUCCAGAGCCACCACUGUCCCCCAAGUGUAGUGUGCCUGAGGGGAAACUAAACAUAACACAAAAAUUCCAGAAUUAGCUUUGUGUUUGUACAGUGUUCACUUUUCCCAUUUAUGGAUAACAAAGACAGUUGUUAUUUAGAUGCACAAUUUUUUUAACCUAAUACACAUAUCUUGUUUGAUAGAUUUGUCUGUAUUUGUAUUAACCAUUACUUGGGACAAAAGUAUAGUUUUUUUUGCUAUGCUUUUUUCUCACAGAUAGACUAAACCAGCAUUAAAGAUAUUACAAUUUUAGGCUUAUAUCCCAGGCUGAAAUUUUCUUGAGCUUGCUUACCUCUCUGAUAUCACCAACUGCUGCAUAAAUAUCAACAGUAUGUAAGGUUUUAUUGCAGAAAAUAAGUUCAGUCACCAGAGCUCACUAGUUUGUACCAGUUCUAAUCUAAAUGUUGAGAGGGUGAGAUAACGAAACUUUUCCUGUCCUCUUCCUUUUCCUUUGUUCACAAUUGUUUUUACUGGAGUUAGGAUUUGUGUGCAUGUUUUGGAUGUUAAUUUUUUAAGAACAGUGCAGCACAGCGCGUCUCCACAGUGUUUUGUUUGUUAUACUAAAGCUCAUGCUUCUUGAAAAAAUUGGAAAUAUUUUCAGUCCUAGUAUUAGACAGAGCUAAACCGAAUGCAUGAUUAUUUGCUUGACCUGAGUAUAAUGUAAGGUUUGCUACUGUUUUUCUCACUGAAUAGUGGAGUUACACUACAGUUCUGUUGCGACAUUCUGAACUGACCAUCAGCUUUCUGGGGUUUGACCACAUGUCAAAGUAAAUAAUGCCAUCUUAGUAUGCUAAAAGCUGGUCAAUCGAUUUCCUCAGCUAAACAUUACACGUGUAAUUCAGAUUCUAACACAUUCAAGACACAUUCAGUGCUCAGUGUUCUGUAUUGUUAUUGAAAAGUAUAGAAUGUGACUCAUUACAUUUUGUGGUUAAUUCCUUAGUGUUCAGAUUAGUAUGUAUUGUGGCAGCUGCUCUAACAGGGCUUUUGUGAGAUGUAGGGUAAAAUGUAAUGUCCAGUACAUUUACAGUUUUAAAGCCAAUGUUUAAAAAUUGAAGUUUACCCAUUGAUUCUUAAUGUAUAGAUCAAUCAGCUGGUGAAUGUGCAGUUGAUUUGUGUUUAACUCCUUUCAUUCUGUGUGACUUAAUUCUUUCAGUGCAUUAUUUUGUAGUAGCCUACUUCCUUAAGUUCCAGAGUUUAGUAGGAAGGGAUUUAAGUUUUAUGAAACUUUAAAUGCUAUAAAGGUGCAUUUUUGUUACUCGGGGUAUAGCUAAUUUAUUUGUGUGAAGAUAUUCAAAACCAGACACAAGUCUAAGAUAAAGUUUUUACACUGAUUCUAUACAUUCAAGGAGUUUUUAAUUUUGGCAGCUUAUGGGGCAAUAAGCUUUUAUGGAUUUUAUUUUUAAGGAGUUUUGCCAAAAUGUGCUGUUUUUGAAGUGGUAUGUGUAAUAAAUCUCCAGACUCUUGCUGGGUCAAACCUCAUGAAAGUCUGUGUUCAUUGACAUUGAACUUUCUAAAGAAUUACUUGGCUUGAAAUAAGUCAAAUUCUGUCAGCAAAUAUGUCACAUUUGUGGAAAAACAAAUGUUAUUUAACCUUUCUUUAUUUGUACUGGCAACAACAAAAUACUUAAAA